UUAAUUAAUACCAGGAUCUAGGAGUGCACUCCUGGCUCUAGGUAUGGAAAGACAAGGUACUAGGUAUAAUGGCGUCCAGUCGACUUGUACCCCGUAGCCCUGACAGCUCAGUGAACAGUGAGAGUGUCUCUGUAUUAGCUGAAACGUCGUCGCCCGUAUCAAUGAUUGAUAGAGAGGGGGAGCCAUUGGCGUUGCUCUCCAAGCAGAUAGCUGACAAGAAUCAAGUCCAACCCAGUGCUGGAGGAAUUCGGGAACGCUCAUACCUUGCAGUAGGAACGACAACUCCAGCAGGUUCGGCAAGUACUAGACUGGAAAUCACUCCCCUUCUCUCAGGAGAAAGGGACUGGCAAGCUGCCGUGUUGAGAGUUGUCCCAGUGCGUGAAGAAUGUCACGCUGCCACAAGAAUGACAACUCUCAACACGGCAACUUGCCAGUCCCCAGAGCCCAGAGCGAAGGGAGUGGUUUCCAGUCUAGGCAUGGACAUUGAGUUCGAUUUCAGGGCUAGGGGAGCACCGGUGGGCGGUCACAUAAAAAACGACCUCCUAGAGAAAUCACGAGUGGUAUACCACGCUGAGGGUGAGGGAAACUUCCACCAGUUGCUGGCUAGCAGGGACCAGAAGCUGCUCUCUGAGUUGGAGCUCUCUAGUAACCCCAAGGAGUACCACUUCCUCAGCCAGGUCGCUAAUGAGUUACUCCCGUGUCUGUGCCCAGCUACCUGGCCGGAGUGGGAGGGGCCUCCCAAGCAAGGGGUGGAGUCUCUGUGUCAGCACCUCGGCUACACCUCCGACCAGUACAAGACAGGACGUACAAAGCUGUUCAUCAGGUUCCCAGACAAAACCGAGGACCUCUACCAGCAGGAGAAGCAUGACCUAGCCACUAUCAUCUCUGCCAAGUGGAAGAUGUACGUCAACCGUAAGAAGUACCAACAGUUGCGAUGGGCCUCCACGGUGUUUGCAACCAACUGGAAGAGACUACAGGUCCAGCGCUACGUGGCCAAGUACAAGAAGGCCGUGUUUGUGGUUCGAAAGUUCAUCAUAGGGUUCAUGAACAGAAGCAAACCAAAGUGCGAAGAGAACAUCUAUUUCCUUGACUUUGUGCGAGUGAACUACCUGAUGAAGUUGUCCCGCUCGCUGCCCUCCAGCCUCGUGGCGUACGAUGAGAAGUGGCCCGGAACUCGUAGUCAAGCGAUGAUGGAAGCAGACCAACAUCUCAAGGCUAUGUACCGACUGCAUCGUACCGGAAAGUUUAUGAGGAAGCUAACUAAAGAAGACAGGACUCAGUACACGCUCAAGUUGGCGGCCAGUGACUUGUUCAGAGGCAAGAAGGAAACCUACCCAGCCAGCGUGGCCAGGCCCUACCUCAACACCCAUCUCUCUCGUGAAGACAUGUGUUUGAAGGAGACCCACUUUGAUGUCAAGGUGCCCAGUCCAGGGAAGCUCAAGUUUUCUCAGCGAGUUGUCAAGUACGACAGACAUGGAUACAAGGCCAGGACAAGAGCUGUCAUCAUCACUGACAGGAACUGCUUCUUUCUUGAUACCAGCAAUUUCAAAGUGAAGGAGCAGUUUCCCCUCAGUGACAUUUCCACUAUCUCUGUUAGCAGCCUGAGUGAUGGAGUGGUGGUCAUCGGACUACCCACGGAGGGACCAAAUGCAAGAGGUGACCUCAUUAUCAAGACUGAGCAGGUGAUUGAGCUCGUCACUAAACUGGCUCUGUUCGGAGGAAAAUGGGAUACUGGAGUCAAGGUUGUCUCCACGGGAACUAUUGUCCACCACAUGCCAAAGCACAAGACUGGCACCAUCACAUUCCAGAAAGGUUGCCAUUGGAAUGCUAAAUAUUUGCAGGGACUUUGAAUUUGCUGGUAAAGGGAAGACAGGAAACAUGGAAGUGAUCUCCCCCACACUGUCCUCACCUUCACCAAGCCGGUGACAUUUAGAGAACACAAUCUUCAUAGUGCGUAUAGAGGACUCGUGUUAAUUAAUUUGUUGUCAAUGAUUAAUUUUGUGCGUUUAGUUUUCAUUUUCAUAAUUUAAUUUGUAUAGUAGCUAUAGCUAGUCUAUAGCUAGUAUAUAAGAUUUUUCAUAUCUACCA